CCAUCUGUGAAUCUAAUCUGAGUCUCUGGGAACUGGUAGCAUGCAUCUCCUCUUACUUCAGUUGCUUGUGGUCUUGCCUCUGGGGAAGGCAGGCCUAUGUGUGGAUGGCUGCCAGAGUCAGGGUUCUUUUUCCUUUGCGCUCCUAGAAAGGGGUCGCAGAGAUCUCCACAUGGCCAACCAUGAGGAGGCAGAAGACAAGCCGGAUCUGUUUGUGGCCGUGCCACAUCUCAUGGGCACCAGCCCACCUGGGGAAGGCCAGAGGCAGAGAGAGAAGAUGCUGUCCAGGCUUGGGAGAUUCUGGAAGAAACCUGAGACAGAACUUUACCCCACAAGGGAUGUGGACAGCGAUCAUGUCUCAUCGGGGAUCCAGGCCCUCACUCAGCCAGCAGAUAGGAGGAAAGUGGAGAGAUCACCUCUUCAGGAGGAAGCCAAGAAAUUCUGGCAUCGCUUCAUGUUCAGAAAGGGCCCAGCCUCCCAGGGGAUCAUCCUGCCCAUCAAAAGCCAUGAAGUACACUGGGAGACCUGCAGGACAGUGCCCUUCAACCAGACCAUUGCCCAUGAAGACUGUCAAAAAGUCAUUGUUCAGAACAACCUUUGCUUUGGAAAAUGCGGUUCCAUCCAUUUUCCUGGAGAAGGGGCACAUCCCCACAACUUCUGCUCCCACUGCUCGCCCACCAAAUUCACCACCGUGCACUUGAGGCUGAACUGCACCAGCCCAAUCCCCGUGGUCAAGAUGGUGAUGCAAGUAGAAGAAUGUCAGUGUAUGGUGAAGACAGAACAUGGAGAGGAACGCCUCCUACUGGCUGGUUCCCAGGAUUCCUUCAUCCCUGGACUUCCAGCUUCAAAAACAAAUCCAUGAUUACCUUAGAAAACAAAAC